AUGCAGCCCGACACCCCAAACCAGACCCACAUGGCGGAGUUUGUCUUGCUGGGCUUCGCUGAGGCGCAUGAGACACGCCUCUUCCUCUUCGUCCUCUUCCUCACCAUGUACCUGCUCACCUUGGUGGAGAACUUGGCCAUCAUCCUGGUGGUGGGCUUGGACCACCGCCUCCAUAGGCCCAUGUAUUUCUUCCUGACGCACUUGUCCUGCCUUGAAAUCGGGUAUACUUCAGUCACGGUGCCCAAGAUGCUGGCGGGUUUCCUUGGGGUGGCUGGAGGCCAGAGGAUCUCCUACGCGGGCUGCCUGUCCCAGCUUUUCAUCUUCACCUUCCUCGGGGCCACGGAGUGUCUGCUGCUGGCCGCCAUGGCCUACGACCGCUACGUGGCCAUCUGCCUGCCUCUCCGGUACGGGGCGCUGGUGUCCUGGGGCGCCUGCGGCCGCCUGGCAGCCGCCUGCUGGCUGGGGGGCCUGCUCACCCCCGCGUUGCCCAUCUAUCUCAUGUCCCGACUGACGUUUUGUGGCCCCAACGUCAUCGACCACUUCUUCUGCGACGCCUCGCCGCUGCUGGCCCUGGCCUGCUCGGACGUCGGCCCGAAGGAGACCGCAGACCUCCUGGUCUCGCUGGCCGUGCUCCUGGCCUCGUCCGCGGCCAUCGCCGCGUCCUACGGCCGCAUCGUCUGGACGCUGCUGCAGCUCCGCGCGGCCGCGGCGCGCAGAAAGGCCUUCUCCACCUGCGCGGCCCACCUGGGCGUGGUGAGCCUCUUCUACGGCACUCUCUUCUUCAUGUACGCCCGCACCCGAGCGGCCCCUUCCAUCAGCUUCAGCAAGGUGGUGUCGGUCUUCUACUCCAUCGUCACGCCCAUGCUCAACCCCCUCAUCUACAGUCUCCGAAACCACGAGGUCAAGGGGGCUCUGGGGAGAGCCUUCUCCUGCCGGUCUUGGAAAGGUCGGUGA